AUGGUGGCCAUAACAAUCAUUACAGCACCAAUGUCGCAGGACAGUGAACCAUCGCGCAGGCCACCGACGCUCCCUUUGGUGAUUGGAAAUAGGUCAACCUCGCACAUCGAGGCUCCACGAUUCAUCCAAUAUGCCUCUGAGCAACGUAGACUCGAGACGUUUGUCGGUUGGACGGGACCUCCCACGCUGCCCCGAGAACUAGCUGCAGCAGGGUUUUUCUAUCUCGGCAACGGGGACCAAGUCACUUGUUACGAAUGUGCACUACGGAUUGAACGAUGGGAAGAGGGCGACGACCCUAUCGUCGCCCAUAGACGUUGGCAAACGAAUUGUCGGUUUGUUCAAACCCUACCUAGGUUCGAUAUAACGAUCGCUACGGGGCCACCACCCACUGAAUUUAGGCAGAGCAGUCUCCUCUUGGGCGGGAAUCGUAUUAUUGCCCCUACACCCCCCACAGAACUGAAUCUUCCUCAACCCUCCCCCGUUCUCAAACUCGGACAUUUGAACCUGGCCAAACCGCGAGGUCCCAUGUACCCUGAGUGCUCCAGUUACGACCGAAGAUUGGAAACUUUUCGUGAUUGGCCCCUGACCAACGCCCAAUCUAAAGAACAAUUGGCAGAAGCCGGCUUCUUCUAUAUCAAUCAGAACGAUCAGACCUUGUGUUACCACUGUGGAGGGGGUUUAAAACAUUGGGUAAGGGAGGACGACCCUUGGGUUGAACACGCUAGAUGGUUUAACAAAUGCUACUGGUUAUGGUCAGUAAAGGGGCAAGCCUUUGUUGACCGCGUCCAAGAUCAGCCAGGGGACUCAACGACUUCAGAAAGUUCCGAACCCUCAGAGCAAGAUCCCCAGGUGUUUAACUUUGAACCCGAUACCUUUUCCGAGGAGGGGAGUGACGCGGCCACAAUUGUAGAGCCGACCUGGGAACCAAAGGACCAAGGUCUGUGCAAGAUUUGCUUCAACGAAGAUUUGGGGAUAGUUUUCUUACCCUGUGGUCAUUUAGUAGCCUGUACCAAAUGUGCCCCUAGUCUAACCCGCUGUGCCGUUUGCCGGGAACCUAUAAUACUAGUGGCUCGCGCAGUAAUCUCUUAA